UUCGCCUUUGUCUUCAUUUCCGUCCAUCUAUCCCACACUUACACUUUACCUGGUCCUGCCCGCCAGCCCCGAAAAUGGUAUCUGCUGCUCGGCCCAUAAUUGGACUUGUGUCUCUGACCGUCCUCGCCGGCGGUAUCCUUCUCCAGUUUCUCACAAUCUUGAGUGGAGGUGUCAAAAGUAGCCCCCUCGACCAGUUCUACUUCCUCGAAACAUCCACAGCCGGUAUCCCCAACGCAAGGAACCCCUCAAGAUGGACUUUCUUCUCCAUCUGCGGUGUUGGUUCCAACGGUCACAACGCCAACUGCGGGAACUCCGUACCUGCUCUUCCUUUUGAUCCACCGCGAAAUUUCGGAACGACUGAAAAUGUUCCCGAACAAUUCAUUGGCACACAUAGCUAUUACUAUCUGUCGCGGUUCAUGUUCGCGUUCUAUCUGAUCGCCUUGUUCUUCGCCGUCUGUGCCCUCUUCACUGGCCUUCUUGCUCUCUGCAGUCGUCUCGGCGGGUACUUGUCAGCUUUGACCACGGCCGUCGCUCUAUUCUUCCAGACGCUCGCAGCUGCAUUGAUGACUGCUUGGGUCGUAAAAGGGAGAGAUGCAUUCCGCAGUGCCGGCUUUGAUGCCCAUGUGGGCGUCAAGCUGAUGGCAUUCACUUGGACUGCCUUCGCUUGCUUCGUCAUUGCCACUGUCUUGUUCUGUGGUGGUGGCGCCCUGGGCCGUGAUAAAUCAUCGACCAGCAUCAUGCGAAAGCGAUCGACCCGAUCAAGCAGAAGCCGUGGAUCUUUCUUGGAUACGGAAUCCCAGCGAAAGGUGAAGAGAGAUGAUUAUUCGUAG